AGCAAAGCCAGCCUUCCUGCCUCUCCUGGCUGCUUCUACCGAAUCACUUCCUGGCUUUCAGCAUUUACACAAGUGACCUGUAUGCCCCUGGCUUGGAGGUGCCGGCAGCUGGCUUGGUGCUCCUCUCAGCUGCCCACCAUGGCCCGGGGACUGCCCAGCACUGCGGGCCUGGUGCGCUUCUGCCAGAAGCUGAACCGGCUGAAGACAGUGGAGGAGACCACCAGGGAGACGUCGCUGCGGCGCCACCUGACCACGCUGGACCUGACCCUGCUGGGUGUGGGUACCAUGAUGGGCUUCGGCCUCUAUGUGCUCAUGGGCACCGUGGCCAAGGAGAUGGCCGGCCCUGCGGUGGUCGUGUCCUUCACUGUGGCUGCCGUGGCCUUCCUGCUGGCAGCCCUAUGCUACACAGAGUUUGGGACACGUGCGUCUGGCAGGGACUGUGCCUACCUGUUUACCUACGUGUCCAUGGGUGAGCUGUGGGCCUUCCUCAUUGGCUGGAUCGUUCUCCUCCGGUGCCUCAUUGCUGGUGCUGCCAUGGCCCACACCUGGAGUGGCCACCUGGACGUCAUCUUCAGCCACCGCAUCCACAGCUUCACUGAGGCCCAUGUGGGCAUCUGGCAGGUGCCCUUCCUGGCCCAGUACCCAGACUUCUUGGCUGCUGCCAUCCUACUUUUAAUCUCCGCAUUCGUCCCCUGUGGAGCCCGUGUCUCUUCCUGGCUCAGCCGCACCUUCUCUGCCAUCAACCUGGUCAUUGUCCUCUUCAUCAUCAUCCUGGGGUUUGUCCUGGCCCGCCCGCACAACUGGAGUGCUGAGGAAGGGGGCUUUGCACCCUUCAGCUUCUCCGGCAUCAUGGCCGGUGCCGCCACCUGCUUCUACACCUUUGUGGGCUUUGGUGUCAUUGUUGGCUCCAGCGAGGAGGCCCGGAACCCGCAGCGAUCUGUGCCUAUAGCAAUUGUCAUCUCGCUUGGCCUAGCAGCUGGCACCUACAUUCUCGCCUCCACUGUGCUCACCCUCAUGGUGCCCUGGCACAGCCUGGACCCUGACUCGGCGCUUGCUGAUGCCUUCUACCAGCGGGGCUAUAGCUGGGCGGGCGUCAUCGUGGCGGCUGGUGCGAUCUGUGGCAUGACCACUGUCCUGAUCAACAACCUCUUUUCCCUGCAACGCAUGGUCCAUGCCAUGGCCGUCGAUGGGCUCAUCUUCCAGGUGUUUGCCCACGUGCACCCCCGGAUACAGGUGUCUGUGGUGGGCAUCCUGGUGUUCGGGGUCCUCAUGGCUUUCCUGGCUCUGCUGCUGGACCUCGAGGCACUGGUGCAGUUCCUGUCCUUCGGUGUACUGCUGACCUAUACCUUUAUGGCCACCAGCAUUAUGGUGCUACGCUUCCAAAAGUGCCCUCCAUCCAUUUCCUCGGGCCCAGCCAGCCCUGGCUCCGUGGCCAGGGAGUAUGAUGACUCAUCAGGCCACACGGAGCUGGUGGGCACAGAGCAGGCCUCAGCCCCUGAGCCUGGGCAGCUGCGACCAGCCCUGAGAUCCUACCUUGGCUUCCUGGGUGGGUGCCGGCCUGGAGCCACCGUGGCUUGGGCACUCGGUGUCCUGGUGGCCUCGGCCAUCACUCUGGACUGCGUGCUGGUCUUCGGGGACUCGGCCCUGCACCUCCCUCUCUGGGGGUACACCCUGCUGCUCCUGCUCAGCUCUGUCAUGUUUCUGCUCAGUCUCCUUGUCCUGGGGGCCCACCAGCAACAGCGCCGGCAGGACACCUUCCAGGUUCCCCUGGUGCCCCUGACUCCAGCCCUGAGCAUCCUCCUCAACAUCUUCCUCAUGCUGCAUCUGAGCUCCCUGACCUGGCUGGGCUUCUCCAUCUGGCUGCUGAUUGGACUCACGGUGUAUUUUGGCUACGGCAUCCGGCACAGCAAGGAGAACCAGCGGGAGCGGCCGAGGUUGACUGCCCCACGCAGCAGCCUGGAGGAGACGGUGCAGGCCCUGUAGCCCCUCAGUCAGACACUGGCCCAGGAUCCUGGCCACACGGAGCAGCCUGCCAGUCCAUGAGGACCGCUGGGGGCCUGCC